UGUCGUCGCUGCCCGCCUCCGUCUCUGUCCUCCUCGCUCUCCAGCCUCGCCCGCAGCAAGCUGCAGUCGGUGUCCAGCUCGGGGUGCAAGGACUCGUGCAGCCUCCACCGAUGGGUGCUGCUGAAAACCUCGAUUGUGCGCUCGCACCCAGCCCGCUACGUGCACAUGCGCCCGAAACAAGACGGACACGAAGAAGAACGUGUGCACGAGGAAGACGAGGCCGAAGAUGGCCUCCGGGAGUCCUUCGUGUUCCCCGACGUCGCCGCGCUGGUAGCCUCCGAUAAACGUGGCUCAGAGGACGCGUGGCUGGACUUGCUGCCCGAGAACCUGAGUGACGAUGACGCGGAGAACGAUGCGGAAAUAGGCGCUCAAGUCGCGGCGCUAGCCGUCGACGAAGAUGAGGACGACAAUGCCGCCGAGCUCACGCCUUUCGCCUCGCCCUCGUCGUCUUCAGAUGACCUCCUUGUCUCGCCCCCCGCACCCCCUCUACAUGCCACCUCUUUCAACUACUUCAGCUCCGACGUCGGCGCCUCUAUCUCACCGCCCGACGCGGGCGCACUGCCCUUCGCGCAUGCGCCCGCCGACGACGACGCAGACUUGCCCAUGCCCGACGCGAUCGAGGACACCUCGGACGACGAAUCGGACGUGCCGCUCACGCCCUGGGCCCGCUCGACGUCGUCUCUCCCCGCGCUCGUCGUCGACCCGGCGUCCGUCCCGCUCCCGGCCGAGUGCCAGCCGCUCGCGAGCGUCUACGUCGACGUCGACGACGCCUUCUUCAACCCAUUCAAGCUCGACCCGCUCCCGUUCACUGCCGACGAUCCGCGCACGUUCGAGCGCGAGCGCGCCUAUUACCCGGGCUGCAGCUAGCUUCGACAACAUCCGCUAUACUCUCACCUCUCGUCUCUAUCCGUCUCUCCUCUCAUCUCCUCGCACCCCACUCAGACGGCCCUCACUUAUUAUUCCCCCGCCCACCCCCAUACCCCAAUCCACCAUCGGCAUCCACCUGUCAACGGCGCCCGUCAUCCCAUCCACA